AACUCAUGCACAUUCACAUCAAGCAUAGCUCAAACAAAGACACAUAUCAUCAACAAUAAGCACAGUCAAACAACGACAUUCACUUCAUCAAAAAUACUCAAGACUUGAAAUUCUUGAAAGAACACGUAAGGUGUAGAAUUUACCCCCUUUACACUCACCUUUGAUAUUCAGUUGUACUGACUUGAUAAUCAUUGUCCCCUCAUCGAACAUAGUUGCCCACUUCUCCCUUAUCGGUAAACCCUUCCAAUCAGCCUGCCACAUGAACUUCUUGUCGUCCAACCACAACCAGCCAUGCAAGCCAUAAGUUUUACCUAACAAAAAUUCCUUGCGCUCUAGCCAUGCCACCAUUCACAUGAAGAGAUUAAAUAAAUAAUGCCCAUCAUAUUGUAACCACCACCAGCCGCCAAAACUUGUCCCAACCAAUCCGUUCCACACUCAGCACUUGAUCAAAGCGAUUUUAGUUCCUUCUCUCUCUGUCUCUAGUGUCUUUGAUCAAGAUGAUGACGGCUUCUCUCAAAUUACCGCCGUGGGCAGUGGGGCCAGAGGAUCUCCCAUCGCUGCCAAAAUCGAAGGUGUUGGAGAUCUUGGAUUCUGCUCUCGCCAUCGACGCCCUCCAUUGGCCCGACGAGCUCUCCGCCCGCCAAACCCACAUCCUCCACAACCUGGACAAGGCUUUACAACAACAAGCCUCUACAAUCCCCAAGAAGAAGAAGAAGACGAUCCAGAACCCUAAGCCGCCAUCAAGAAAUGGAAACAACAACAACAUUACCAUCACUGUCGACCUUCGCCGCUCCCCCAGCACAGCAGAGGAAGAUGUCGCCGUUUCAAAGCCGCUCGCAGCAGCAGUGAAGGAUGAUGAUGUUAGAAAUCGAACAGGAAAAAUUAGGGUUAUCGAUCUGGCUGAGUCGCGGACUAGGUCGCUCUCUUUAAGACGUUCGCGGCACUGCCUUCGUUGCGCACGGCAGACUAUCAGCCGGUCGCCUCCAGGAUAAAACAGCCACUCUAAAUUUGUUGCUCAUCGGAUUUGUGCGAAAACCGGAGCUCUAUGAACUCACUCUCUAUAUCGUAUUUCUGCUCUCUGAGGUAUGUUUAGAGGGUCUGGGGCGUCUCCUAUUUAUAGGAGCAGAAAACCCAGAAUAUUCCCUCUUUCUUUGGGAAUAAGUCACAUUUUAAUUAGGGAGAUAAUUACUCCCAUAAUUAAAAUAUAUUAUAUUAAGAUAAUUAAUUCUAAUUAUCUCCAUAAUAUUCUUUUUAUUAAUUAUCCUUCUAUUUUCGUAUAUAGAAAAAUACUGGAUAAUUAAUUCAAUAUAGCUUUCAAAGCUAUUCAUUCCCAACAAUCCCCCACUUGAAUAGUUUUGAAACUAUCUCUGAGCAUCAACAAAUCCAUAAGAUCGGGCAUAAACUAAGGUAUCGCGAAGAUUUGAACCUUAGCGUAGUGGUUACACUUCCGAUUUCAUAAGGGUGACUCGUAGUCUUGAACCCUAUCUCAGACAAUGUAGCACACCGGAUCUUUUCAUUGAGUGAUAUUCUCUCAUAGGCCGUGCGUUUAUGGCCAUGCACGUUAUCCCGGUUUAGUGAACGCUCUAGCAACUUUGUGCCUCCAAAGUUCCAUAGGGAGCGGCCCCACUCCCACAUUCACAUAGGUGAGUCUAUCAGAAGUACCCCCAAAGUAAAGUACUUCACUCCACAUAGAGUAUAGAUCUCAUUAAGAGUUUUAACUCAACCUCCAAGGCUUUGGGAUUCAUGCUUCACUAUGCAUGAACUUUUCUCAAUAUUACUCAUGACUUGUUAUUACCCAUUGAACCCGUUUCUUGGGAUCUCCAGUCUAUCGGGUCGGGUUACCAUCACUUGUAAUCCAUGGUUCGGUAGGCAUAAGUCUCAUACCCUUUGUGGUAUUUUGGACUUUCUCUCUAGGUAAUCCUUUCGUCAAAGGAUCAUCUAGAUUCUGUUUUGGAUCUUAUAUGAUCCACCCUCACUGCUCCUAUCGUUAGGAGUUCUCUUACAGUACUGUGCUUACGACGAAUUUGUCGUCUCUUUUCGUUCUAGAACCGGUUCCCUUCUAUUGCAAUAGCUACGGUGCUAUCACAAUUAAACAACUACCGGAGGGAUCGGUCUUUCCCAUAAGGGAAUCUCUAGUAGUGACCCUCUCAAUCAACUUUACUCUUUACUAGCCAUUGCUAGUUCUAUCAUUUCUGAUUUCUUAGUUGAUUGAGCCAGGAUCGUUUACUUCUUAGACUUCCAAGACAUAGCUUCUCUAUCGAUGUUUAAAACACAGCCUCUUGUUGUCUUGAAGUCCUCUAUAGGGUAUUCUAAUCCACAUCACUAUACCCUACCAAUACAGCAAAACCAUAGAUAACAAAUACCAAGGUUUUCCUGUUCUUUUAAGGUGUCUCAUGACCCCUUUCAAUAGCAUUUCAAUGCUUCAUACUAGGACAAUCAGUAAGCCUGCCAAGUACCCCCACUAUGUCGGGUCUCAUGUUUAUCAGCUGCCUCUCGCAUACUGUCGAUGUUCUUACUUUCUUACACCGUCUUUGGUGCUCUUAAAAAUUACACUAGCACCAUCAAACAUUUAUGCAGGUGUAGAACUCGUAUUUCCUCUAGAUCUAACUGUGUAGUUAAACUGAUCUAGAUAAAAUCUCUUUCAUUGUCCUAGUAAUCUGGAUCUCCGAGCAUAACACUUGCUUCAUCCAGAUCUUUUUACCUUCAUAAUUCUCAAACAACAUGGUUUUUCAUAAUAUUGACAUCACGAGUCUUUGUACCAAAGACCGAAGUGUCAUAAUGCAAGUGUCAUUCUCAAAGUUGUACUAAAUGCACUUGUCACUUUCACUUUUAAAACCAUGAGAGAGAACCAGUUUAUUCAUGUCAUUGUCUUAGAGUCUAUUUCAAAUCUUACAAUGAUUUGUCUAACUAUAGACUCCCUAAGCAUGUUCAAGAAUAACAACCCUAUAGGUUG